AUGUCUCAUCCAAGUGAUGGAGAGGCAUGGAAGCACCUAGAUAAAGAGUAUGAAUCAUUUGCCGCCGAGCCUCGAAAUGUUCGACUUGGUCUUUGUACCGACGGAUUUUCACCGUUCGGGAAGACCGGGAGGCAAUAUUCUUGUUGGCCUGUCAUCUUGACUCCUUAUAAUCUUCCACCCUCGUUGUGCAUGAAGAAACCUUUUGUAUUUCUAAGUUUGAUAAUUCCAGGUCCAAAAAGCCCAAAAGGGAAUCUGGAUGUGUUCUUGCAACCUCUUAUUGAAGAAUUAAAACAAGUAUGGGAGGUAGGACUGCCGACUUAUGACAUCUCUAAGAAACAAAAUUUUCAAAUGAAGGUUGCAUUGCUUUGGACAAUCAGUGAUUUUCUGGCAUAUGGCAUGCUUUCGGGAUGGAGCACGGCAGGUAGAUUAUCUUGUCCUUAUUUUAUGGAAAAGACUAAGGCAUUCACUCUUACUAAUGGUGGAAAACAAAGUUGGUUUGAUUGUCAUCGACCGUUUUUACCCCGUGAUCACGCUUUUCGAAAAAAUAAGAGUGCUUUUCGCAAAGACACAGUUGAAAACUCUUCUCCCCCGCCACGAUUGAGUGGAAAAGAAGUUUGGAAUCGUGUAUCUUUGAGUCCAACAACCCUUGAGUGUAUAAGGGAUGAAGUUGACCGUCCAGAAGGGUUUGGUGUUUUGCACCAUUUUACAAAGCAGAGUGUCUUUUGGGAGCUUCCAUAUUGGAGAAAACUCUUGAUACGUCAUAAUCUUGAUGUCAUGCACAUCGAAAAAAAUGUGUUUGAUAAUGUGUUUCACACUGUAAUGGAUGUCAAGGGGAAAACUAAAGACAAUGUGAAGGAAAGAAGAGACUUGAAAGUGUAUUGUAAACGACGGAAGUUGGAGGCUCGAGAUAUUGUUAACAGUAAAGGGAAGGAAGUAACCAUAAUGCCGAAUGCUCCUUUUGUGUUGCCCAAAGAUAAAAGGAAACUUGUUUGUGAAUGGGUGAAUAAACUAAAGUUUCCUGAUGGUUAUGCUUUAAAUUUAGGCUAUUGCGUCGAUUUAAAGGAUUGUAAGCUAUUCGGUAUGAAAAGUCAUGAUUGCCAUGUUUUUAUGCAACGGUUGCUUCCUGUCGUUUUUAAAGAUUUGUUACCCCUAAAUGAGUGGAAUGUAAUCACUGAAUUGAGCCAAUUUUUUAGAGAUCUUUGCUCAACCACCUUGAAAGUUGAUCACAUGGAGCGCUUAGAGGAUAAUAUUCCUGAAAUUCUUUGCAAGUUAGAGAGAAUAUUUCCACCUGGUUUUUUCAAUUCAAUGGAACAUCUUCCUAUUCAUUUGCCUUAUGAGGCAAAAGUUGGUGGCCCGGUUCAGUAUAGGUGGAUGUACCCUUUUGAGAGGUUUAUAUACCAUUUAAAAAAGAAGGUGGGUAAUAAAGCUCGAGUGGAAGGCUCAAUUUGCAAUGCUUACCUACUAGAGGAGAUAACAAAUUUUUGCUCUCUUUACUUUGAAGAAGAUGUUAACUGUAAGGUGAAAGAUUUAGGAUUGGGUACAUGUGUUGAUAAUGAAUCAAACAUUGAUCCCGAUCUACCUGAGAUGUUUUCUUCCAUUAUUGGGCAUAGUUCUUCGGAAGGCCAAUUUUGUUACCUUGAUGAAAAGGAUUACAAAGUCGCUCAUCGAUAUGUUCUAAGUAAUUGUGAAAUAUUACAACAAUAUCAAAGGGACUAUGUAUUGAAAAAGGGCAUCAAUACUGACAUUAUUCGCUCAUUAGCAUCAGGACCACUGACAAGAGUUCGAAAAUUCAAUCGAUAUCACAUUAAUGGAUAUCAUUUUCAUACGUUUGCUUAUGGAAAGAAUAAGUCAACUAUGAACUAUGGUGUUUGUGUAAAAAGUGUCAAGGGAGAUGAUUUUUAUGGCAUUCUUCAAGAAGUGGUGGAAUUGACUUAUGUCGGAGCAAGAAAGCGUCACACAACAGUGUUGUUUAAGUGUGAUUGGUUUGAUGUUGGACGUGGUACUAGGAUACAUGAAAAGUACAAUCUUGUUGUGGUGAAUCAUUCAAAGAGAUAUCCAAAGUAUGACCCGUUUGUACUGGCCUACCAAGUUGAGCAAGUCUAUUAUGCUCCUUCUCCAGCUAACAACAUUGAAAGAAAUCAAUGGUGGUUUGUUUUUGAUGUAAAGGCAAGGGGAAUUAUUGAUGCCCCAAUUGAUCCUAUGGCUUUCCAAUUACUAGCCAAUGAAAACCCUUCAUUGCUAUCCGAGUUUCAGGACGAAGAAUUUGUAGAAAGCGAUGAAGAAAAUCAAGUGCUUUCCUCUCAUGAAUAUGUGGAGGUUGAUUGA